AUGGAUCAUAGUCGACGAGGAGCUAAGAAAAUCGAAGAACAACUUGUAUUAAAUGUAUUCAAUACAAGUUCUACUGAUGAACAAUCGACGACUGGUCUCAAUGGUCAAUUCAUCCAUUCACAAUUACUGAUUAAUUAUAACAAAAAUGAAUUAUCUAUUGUUCAUGAAUUUGAAGAAAAUUAUUCAUCGGAUCGAGCAAUUUGGUGGUAUACACGUGAAUCAUUCUUAUAUCGACAAUUGAGCAAAGCUCUUCGUGUACAAAAUAUUGAUUUAUUAUUUAUUUUUCGUUUUUUUAUUCGUGAUAUUCAAGAACAACUCGAAAAACAUCAAUGUUCAUCAUCUAUUCGUGUUUUUCGAGGUCAAUUAAUGUUAAAUGAAGAAUUCAAAUUAUUGAAAGAUUCAAUUGAACAAUUAAUUUCAAUGAAUCCAUUUCUUUCAAUAAGUAUCGAUCGUCGACUGGCUCUAUCUUUUCUUUAUUCUUCAACUGUAUCAGAUAAUAUGCAAAGAAUAUUAUUUGAAAUUGAUGGCGAUCCUCGACUGGAAGGUAUCCGACCAUUCGCUAACAUUACCACCCUUAGUUAUUUUCCCGGUGAAGAAGAAGUACUUUUUAUGUUAGGAUCGAUCUUUCGUUUAGUCAACAUUGAUCAAAAUGAUCGCGGAAUUUGGAUCGUUCGAUUAACAUUAUGUAAUAAUAGUGAUCCUGAUCUACAAGCUGUUUUUGAUUAUAUGAAAAAUCAAUAUCGUAAUGGUGAAACAACUAUUCUUUCACUUGGCUUUAUAUUAGCACAAAUGGGUAAAUAUGAUGAAGCAGAGAAAUAUUAUCGCCGUCUAUUAAAAGAAAUAAAUCCAACUGAUUAUGAAGAUAUCAGUGCUUGUUAUCAUAAUUUUGGUAAUUUAUUUGAUGAUAAAGGUGAUUAUCAGUCGAGUCUUGAUUGGCAUCAUAAAGCACUUGAAAGCAUGAUAAAAAUAUUCAAAUCGGUUGAUUCCAGAAUAGCAACUAGUUUUAAUAGCAUAGCUGCUGUUCAUUCGAAAAUGAAUAAUUAUGAUGAAGCACUCGAUUGUUAUUUGAAGGCAUUGAAGAUCUGGAAACAAGCAUUAGGUGAAGAACAUCCGAAUAUUGGUCAAUGUUUAAGUAAUAUAGCUGGUAUCUAUCAAAUGUACGGGAAAAGUUCGGAUGCACUCGAAUAUUUGCAAAAAGCUUUAAUUAUUUAUCAGUGA